UUAUUUUUUUUCUCCUCACAGAACAAUGCCUACACUGCAAUGUCUGAUUCCUACUUACCAAACUACUACAGCCCUUCCAUUGGAUUCUCCUACUCCUUAGGUGAAGCUGCCUGGUCCACGGGGGGGGAUCCCCCCAUGCCCUACCUGACCUCCUACGGACAGCUGAGCAACGGGGAGCCCCAUUUCCUCCCAGAUGCCAUGUUUGGGCAGCCAGGGGCUCUUGGCAGCACCCCCUUCCUGGGGCAGCACGGCUUUAACUUCUUCCCAAGUGGGAUUGACUUCUCAGCUUGGGGGAAUAACAGUUCUCAGGGACAAUCCACUCAAAGCUCUGGCUACAGCAGCAGCUAUGCCUACGCCCCCAGCUCCUUGGGGGGAGCCAUGAUCGAUGGGCAAUCAGCCUUUGCUAAUGAACCCCUCAACAAAGCUCCUGGCAUGAACACCAUCGACCAAGGGAUGGCUGCUCUCAAGCUGGGGAGCACAGAGGUGGCCAACAGCGUCCCCAAAGUGGUGGGUUCUGCCGUGGGGAGUGGAUCCAUCACCAGUAACAUGGUGGCUUCCACCGGGCUGCCCCCGGCCACCAUCGCUCCUCCCAAACCAACCUCCUGGGCUGACAUUGCCAGCAAACCUGCCAAGCAGCAGCCCAAGCUGAAGACCAAGAAUGGGAUGGCGAGCUCCAGCCUCCCUCCUCCUCCCAUCAAACACAACAUGGAUAUUGGGACUUGGGAUAACAAAGGCCCAGUGGCCAAAGCCCCCUCCCAAGCUUUAGUUCAGACCAUGGCUCAGCAGCCCACCCAGGGCUCCCCCCAACCCGGGGCCCAACAGCUCCACACCAGCCCACCCGUGGCCGUGGCCCAGGCACCCGGUGGGCAGCAGCCCCCAGCACUGCCCCCACCACCCCCUCAAGCCACCCAGCUGCCCACCCCCCAGCCAGCAGCUCAGCCCACCCGUUGGGUGGCCCCUCGGAACCGAGGCAACGGGUUCAGCCAGAACGGAGUGGAGGGACCCGGGGGGGGACAGUCCCAGGGCAGCCCCGGGACCGCUCAUUCGGAACCUCAUCCGGUCCUGGAGAAGUUGAGGUCUCUCAACAAUUACAACCCCAAGGAUUUCGAUUGGAACCCAAAACACGGCCGGGUUUUCAUCAUCAAGAGUUACUCUGAGGAUGAUAUCCACAGGUCCAUCAAAUACAACAUCUGGUGCAGCACGGAGCACGGCAACAAGAGACUGGACACUGCCUACCGCUCCCUCAACGGGAAGGGGCCCCUGUACUUACUCUUCAGUGUCAAUGGCAGUGGGCACUUCUGUGGGGUGGCAGAAAUGAAAUCUGCUGUGGACUACAACACGUGUGCAGGGGUGUGGUCCCAGGACAAAUGGAAGGGACGUUUUGAUGUCAGGUGGAUUUUUGUCAAGGACGUUCCCAACAGCCAACUGCGGCACAUCCGCCUGGAGAACAACGAGAACAAACCCGUCACCAACUCCAGGGACACUCAGGAGGUGCCUCUGGAAAAGGCUAAGCAGGUGUUGAAAAUCAUUGCCACCUACAAGCACACCACCUCCAUCUUUGAUGACUUCUCACACUAUGAGAAACGCCAAGAGGAGGAGGAAAACGUUAAAAAGGAACGUCAAGGCCGUGUCAAGUAAAAGGCCAUUCCUGCCCCAGAGACUGCAGCAGAGCUCCCAUCCCAGCUGCCUGCAAGAGAGAAGCAAGAAAAAAAAAGAAAAAAAAAAUAUCCUGGAGAGAAUUAGGACUUUUUUUUUUUUUUUUCUUCAUUUCAGUGACUUCAAAGGAAAAAAAAAAAAAAAAAAAAAAGACUCUUACAAACUCACAGGUUAAAAGGAAAAAAAAAGAAAAAGGAGGAAAACAAAAAUAUUGGAAUUUCACAAGACAUAGGACUUGAAAAACACAAAACCAACAAAAAAAAUCCCUUCUAGGUAGAGCAUAGGUAAAAACCUGUCCCUUUCUUUUGGCUUUGGUUGUGAUUUCAGAGCAUAUGCUUUGGGUUUUGUUGUCUUUUUACUCUGUUUUUUUGGAUUUUCAGGUCUGUAAGUGGCAUCUGCCUGGUUUUCUUGUUGUUUUUUUUUUUUGGUUUUCUCUCCUUUUUAAACCCUGCUACUUCCCUCCCUCCCUCCCUCCCACCCCCUGGUGCCUCCUUGACAUUUGCACUUGGAACACACCGAGUUGUAAGAACCACCACGAAAAGUGGAGUCACUUUUGGUUUGGUUUUGUUUGGGUUUUCUUUCCCUCUCCUGGUCUGGAAGAGGAGGAAUUCUACAAGGAAGUUGGGGGGGUUUUGGCCUAAGAAGAAUUGAACAGAAAUUAUCCACGAGGUUGUGUCUUAAAAGAUGGUUUCAUUUUAUUCUGAGCCUUUGUUACUCCAAAGUCAGCUCCUAGGAAUCCUAAGGAAUGUUCUGUUCUUGUAGGGAUUUACAGAUGGAAUCUGGAUGAAUUUGGAUUUGAAAGCUGAGAACAGUGGUUGUAAAAAAGAAAAAAAACACACACAAAAAAACCCAUAACUUGUUUUGUUUACAGGAAAAAUUAAUUUUGGACAAAAAAAAAAAAGAAAAAAAAGGAAAAAAACAAAAAAACCACAAAAACCAAAAAAGAAACCCAACCAAGAACUAUUGUAAAAUGUGUAGUGAAUGUUUCUUCAGUUUCUUGUUAAGCCAAAUGAGGAAUGGGCCUUUCUUUUCCCCAUUAAUCACUUCUCAAUAAUAAAUGCAAGAUCCUGUUGA